GCUAUGCCGCGGCUGGAGCCUACUUCGUCAAGGCCAGUAGCACUGGUUGCGGGAUGCACAUUGAAUGUCCGACGAGCGUCCCUGUUUAUAUGAUCUGCUUCACGUGUGCAUUGAGGCCGGGCUCUGAUACAUUCCGCGCCUUAGAGUGUGGCUGGCACGUAGGGAAUCGUGAAGGCAGCGCCGGAUAGCCGUCCGCCGGCCCAAACAUCCUGCCUGUGUCCAAGAUCGUCAUUAAAUGGCUGCUGGUGGAGCCACCGUCCUUCCUUCCUCGGGCGGCUUGAGCUUCGUGAGCUUUGAUAACAACGGCAGCCUCGUCUGCGACUGCGACCCGGGUAGGUCAUUCCAAGACCUCUUUGACCCGUCUCACGACUCGAAACGCAUUUGACGAAGCAGCGAGAUAACAAAGAACACGGAGCCGCGAACCGAGGGCGACACACUUACGAGGUACAUCACAACAGCAACCACCUCUUUGGA